CAAGAAAAGCGAAGGCAACAAGACUUCACAAGUCACAGACGCGCACCCGAACUCCCUCCCGGAAGCCCCUCGCCGGACGCUCUCUCUCUCUCUCUCUCUCUCUCGCCGCCGGCGGCAACUAAAUCAGGCGCUCAGGAUGGCCCGCUACGACCGCGCGAUCACCGUCUUCUCCCCCGACGGCCACCUCUUCCAGGUCGAGUACGCCCUCGAGGCCGUCCGCAAGGGCAACGCCGCGGUCGGCGUCCGCGGCGUCGACACCGUCGUCCUCGGCGUCGAGAAGAAGUCGACCCCCAAGCUCCAGGACUCCAGGUCCGUGCGCAAGAUCGCGAGCCUCGACACCCACAUCGCGCUGGCGUGCGCGGGGCUCAAGGCCGACGCGCGCGUGCUCAUCAACCGCGCCCGCGUCGAGUGCCAGAGCCACCGCCUCACCGUCGAGGACCCCGUCACCGUCGAGUACAUCACGCGAUACAUCGCCGGCCUGCAGCAAAAGUACACGCAGAGCGGAGGGGUCCGACCCUUCGGCCUCUCCACCCUCAUCGUCGGCUUCGACCCCUACACCCAGAAGCCCGCCCUGUACCAGACCGACCCCUCGGGGACCUUCUCCGCAUGGAAGGCCAACGCCACCGGCCGCAACUCCAACUCCAUGCGCGAGUUCCUCGAAAAGAAUUACAAGGAGACGUCAGGCAAGGAGACCAUCAAGCUCGCCAUCAGAGCACUCCUUGAGGUUGUUGAGAGUGGUGGCAAGAACAUCGAGGUUGCAGUGAUGACACACAAGGAUGGCCUUCGUGAGCUUGAAGAGGCAGAGAUUGAUGAAUAUGUCGCUGAGAUUGAGGCAGAGAAGGCCGCCGCCGAGGCUGCAAAGAAGGGCGCGCCGAAGGAAACAUGAUUUGGGACAGCAACUCUAGAUAAACUCUUGUUCCACAGCAUGUCUUAUGAUCCACAUCUUUUAGACGGAUGCAUGUUUGUUUCGGUAAAGUGUUUUUUUAUUUCUGAUGAAGCUGCUUGGAUGGAAAUUCUCGUGCUAGUGACUUUGUGAUUGUUGUCCCGGUGACCUGUUGGUCUGUCGGGUAUAUUUCUGAGUUCUGACAAUGGUUACAUAAAGACGAUGAACCGUAGAGUCGUGUUGCACUGAA